AUGCCGAACUUCGAAGUCCAACCCUGCACCGAAGAGGACAUCCCUCGCUUCUUCGAGAUCAUCUCCAACGCCUUCGCUCACGACCACGAAUAUGUCGAAGCUGUGUUCCACAAGCAUGAGACGCCUGAGGGACGUAAAAUGGGCGUUGAGCAGAUGCUCAACAUCUAUCGCCAUGACCCCAAUGGUCACUUCCUCAAGUGCGUUGACAAGGACACCGGCAAGAUGAUCGGCGCAGCGAAGUGGAACAUCUACAAGGCUGGAGAGGUACCUCCGCAGCCACAGCUGGGUGGUCCAUACUGGCCCAACGAGGAGGAAGAGGAAUUUGCGAAGGCAAUCUUCCACGCUUUCUUCGCGCCAAGACAGAAGAUCCUCGAGGAGAACAACGGUCGCUUAGUCGCGCUCGAGAUGCUCAUGGUGGACCCGACCUGCCAUGGCCAGGGCGCAGGGAGAAUGCUGGUUAAGUGGGGCACUGCGCAUGCGGAUAGAUUGGGCGUGGAGGCCGUGGUCGAGGGGUCUGAGCGAGGUCGCAGACUCUAUCAGUCAGAAGGAUUCGAUGGUCCAUUUUACGAGGUACCCGUGUCUGAGAAGUUUGCGCAUCGACGUAAGCAGGUGUACUACAUGAUGAGGCGUCCGGCGAAGACUGUACAGUAA